CAGUGAUAUAUGCCCAGGAGGCGAGAGACGCUCCCUGCCGUGUGAGAGUCGACCCAACGGCAAGGAGACGGACAUUUCUACCGUGAACUGUGCGGACAAACUGCAGAGCCGAGAACAGGAAUCGCGCAGCAAAGCAGAGCCGUACGAUGGUGAGACCCUGUGGACUUGUAACGGCCAGGAACAUCCCAGUUCCUCUGAAGAAGAUCUCGGUGCGAGUGGAGGUGAAGGGGUUUGUGGCUGAUGUGUCUGCAGACCUGGAGUACAGGAAUGAGGAGGCUUCUCCGCUGGAGGCCCUGUUCACAUUCCCCGUGGACAGCGAUUCUGCCGUCUACAACUUUCAAGCCACGGUGGACGGGAAGACCAUCGUGGCCGAGAUAAAGGAACGGGAACAGGCUCGGGACGACUACGACGAUGCCAUCUCCUCUGGCCAGGAGGCCUUCCUGCUCGAGGAGGACAGCAGUAGCAGUGACAUCUUCACCUGCAGGGUGGGCAACCUGCCCCCAGGCUGUGCGGCCACCGUCUCCUUCAGCCUAGCCCAGGAACUGCCCCUCGAGGCUGAUGGUGCCGUCCGCUUCACCCUGCCCGCUGUCCUAAACCCCCGGUACUGCCCUGCAGGUACCCAGGGUCCCCAUAUACCCCAGGCCAGUGCCCCUGUGGACAAGCCACUCUACACUUUGGAGCUGGAGGCUCAUUUCCACAGCCCACACGGGAUCUCCCGGAUCCAAUCCAAUUGCCAAGUGACACCCGUGGAAUUCCUCAAUCCUGACAAGACGUCAGCCAAGCUCUCCCUGGUGAAGGGUCAGGGCUUCGACAGAGACCUUGAGCUCUUGAUGUUCUCCGAGAAGAUCGAUGAACCGAGCGCCAUCCUCGAGGCAGGACUGGGUUCUGCUGCUCCAGGGACCCUGAUGGCUGACUCCACUGUCAUGGUGAAUCUCUUCCCCCGAUUUCCUGAGGAUUCCCAGGGCGUGCCGUCAGGCGAGUUCAUUUUCCUCAUGGAUCAGUCAGGCAGUAUGGGAACGUCGAUGUCCCACGGAAACGCCAGGUCCCGGAUCCAGUGUGCCAAGGACACACUGCUCCUGCUCCUCAAGAGCCUUCCCAUGGGAUGCUUCUUCAACAUUUACGGAUUUGGGAGCCACUUCACCUCGUUCUUCCUGAAGAGUGUUGAGUACAAUCAGAUCUCCAUGCAAGAAGCACUGUCUAAACUGAAGGAGAUCAAUGCGGAUAUGGGUGGGACAGAGAUCCUGCAGCCCCUGUCGGCCAUCUAUACAACACCCUGCGUGCCAGGACACCCGCGACAGCUCUUUGUGUUCACGGACGGUGAGGUGUUCAACACCAAGCAGGUGCUGGCUGAGGUUCAGAAGAACAGCCCCAACCACAGGUGCUUUUCCUUUGGGAUUGGUGAGGGGGCCUCCACAGCGCUGAUCAAAGGCAUCGCCAAGGCGGCCAACGGGAGUUACGAAUUCAUCACCGGGGAAGACAGGAUGGAGCCCAAGGUUCUCCGGACCCUGAAGUACGCCCUGCAACCCAGCGGGACCGGGCUGAGCCUCAGCUGGGACCUGCCCCCAGGGGUGGAGGCCGUACUGCUGUCACCCCUCCCCAGCACGCUCUUCAACCAGCAGAAAACCAUCGUCUACGCCCAGCUGAAGGGACAGAUGGAUCCCAAGCUGGAGUGUGGGGUGACACUGAAAUAUUCACUGGGGGCGCAGCCGAUACAAGCUGAGACCAGGUUUAGCCUGAGACCCGUCGAGUGCAGAAGCUCCUCUGUCCACCGUCUGGCAGCCAAGGCCCUGCUGAGAUCUCUGGAACUCGGGCCGGACCGCGACACGGAGCAGGUGAAGAGGCGUCUGGUUGAGAUCAGCACCCAGGCCAACAUUGUCUGUUCGCAGACGGCCUUCAUUGCCAUCAACAAGGAGCUCGGCCAGGCCGUGCAGGGACCCCUGAUCCACAGGGACGUCCCCCUCUGUGCAGGGAAAAGCUCGGGUUCUGCAGGGUUUCCACGAGUAUGUGGUUUUGCUGCACCGAUUUUCGGGACAAGAUCGGAUUCUGCAAGGAUUCCACGAGUAUGUGGUAUUCCUGCACCCAUUUUCGCGAGUUGCCCGCCUCCUCCGCCACCCCCUGGACAAAUGGGAAUACCUGGCAGCAGUUACCGGACAAGAUUGGGUUCUGCAGGGUUUCCACGAGCAUGCGGUUUUGCUGCACCGAUUUUCGCAGCUGACGAUGAGUCACUCGGGCUCCCUGCCCCAGAGGAGCCUCCGAUGCUGAAGCUGAUCGUGCUGCAGAACGCAGACGGAUCCUGGACUCCAGACCCCGGCCUGGAGGCACUGCUGGGCCUGAGCCCUGGCCAGGUCAGAGGAGGCCUGCCCCUGGAGGAUAUGGACCUCACUCUGUGGAGCACCAUCUUGGCCGUGAUCUGGCUGAACGCCUUUGCUGCCGACUCCAAGGACGAGUGGGAUCUGCUGGUGAAGAAGGCCCUGUCCUGGGUCAAGGCCCGAGCAGGUGCGGACCUCGUGGAGUGUGUGAAAGCAGGAAACCGGCUUCUGAAAACCUCUGUUCUACCUGAGACACUCGGACUGUGAGGGAAUUCUUGAUGAAUCUGUGUAUCCGACACGCGGUUGUCUCUGCCUGUGUCCCUGCCACUGUGAGCUGUCACCUCAGCGGCCGCCUUCUCUGAACUGUAGCUUGCUUAAAGCCAAAGUAAUUUUACUGUUCUCCGUAUUCUACCUGGAGAUUUGCUUUCUGCAGCAUUUGCAGGAUAGUUAAGAAAUUCACUAGAAUUUAUGAAAAAUUAUACAUAAACAAAGACGACAAAGAGCCAACGCGUAAAAAAAGACAAAUUGUGCUGCAAAAAAUAAAUACUUUUGAGAA